AUGGCAUCCCAAGGUCACCUCAUUUUCUGGAGCAUGACUACAGUCAUUAUCAUCCUGGCUGCGGUGAUCGCCCUGAUCAUUGGGUUUGGUGUCUCAGGAAAACAUUCCAUCAGCGUGACGACACUGAUGUCUCCGGGGAACAUUGGCCAGCAUGGUGUCCUGGGCUGCACUUUCGAGCCUGACAUCCGGAUGGGCAGCAUAGUGAUCCGGUGGGCCAAGGAGGGAGUAGCUGGGCUGGUUCAUGAGUUUAAAAAUGGGAAGGACCACCUGCAAGAGCAAGACACAUCGUUCCGGGGCCGCACGGCGUUGUUUGCGGAUCAGGUGAUGGGUGGCAAUGCUUCACUGGAGCUGAGAGACCUGCGGCUCUCUGACGCUGGCACCUAUAAGUGCUCCGUCACCACAGCCAGAGGGAGUGGAGUGGCAGUGCUGCAUUAUAGGAUAGGAGCUUUCAGCACCCCCAAAGUCCAUGUGGAGAACAGCAGCAGCGGGCACACACUGCAGUGCGAAGCACCACACUGGUUCCCUCAACCCACCGUGCGCUGGACAGCCUGCAGUGACUCCGGGGAGUACCUGCCCUACACUGCCAACACUAGCUAUGAGCUCAAUGCUGAAAACGUCACUCUGAAAGUCGUUUCCUUUCUGCACAACAUUACUGCUAAUGCCACCUACACCUGUGUGAUUGAAAACAACAUUGCCAAGGCUACAGGAAACAUCAAAGUGACAGGUAGAGUCUAA